AUGAAGUGGCCAGUGGGGUCUGGAGUUUUACAGAAAUUUUAUUCCAGUGGCAUCAAAUUCCUUACCAUGUUCCCUGAUGGCUCUGCUCAGGUCUUUUAUCCCUCCGGCCUCUUGGCUGUACUUAUCGUGGUCACUGAACACAAUGGAAGAGUUUGUAUAGUGUAUGACGACGUCAGUGCCCCUAAUCAACAAAUCAGAGCUAUAUUCCAGUCUGAUGGCAGAGCGACAUGCUAUCACACCAAUGGAAACAUAUGGCUGUCCUUAAACAUGUCUGGUGGCCGAUGCUUAAACAAUGCAGGCAACGUAACUUGUAAGUGGAGCUGGGGUACUCCCACGCCCCUGCAGCCCAUCUUUCUGUCCCUCAACAAAACUGUUGGAGUUCGAGUCCUGGGGAACAAACAAGUGUUUGUUUCCUUCUUGGCAGGCAGGCAACAGGCUAAGUUCAGUGUGGGUACCUGCUGUGCUCAGGGUGAAUACGUGCAUACUUCAGGCUCAUCGGUCUCUAAAGACGAGCUGCUGGCAUUGGCAGCCAAAAUCAGGAUCCACGCAGCAAUUCAGCAUCUUCACCAGUACCUGACGACACCCUUACAUCCCCCAAAACUUAAGACACCAGCCCAUCACCUACAGGUUACUGCUCAAAGGCUCCUGAAAGUCAGUGAUGAUAUAAUGAUGAAUGACCGUGACAAAGCCUUCAUCCUCAAGUGCCUUCAGGAUUGUUGAUGUAUAUGUAAUAUUGGAAC